AUGAAGUUCAGUAAGGUUUCUUCAUUGGUUUCUGGACUUUUGACCAUUGGUCUGGCUUUAGCACAAACGGAUAGUGCUACAUCUAGCGGUACCAAUAGCACUUCUGGCUCGCUUCCUGUCAUUGAAAUUAAUGGUAAUGCGUUUUUCAAUUCUGAAUCAGGUGACCGGUUCUACAUCCGUGGUGUCGAUUAUCAACCAGGUGGAUCAUCUAACUUGACUGAUCCAUUAGGUGACGUUUCUGUUUGUUCAAGAGACAUCCCAUACUUCGAAGAACUUGGUUUGAACACUAUCAGAGUUUACACUAUCGAUAACUCCUUGGAUCAUACCGAAUGUAUGCAACUUUUGGAAAAAGCCGGUAUCUAUUUGAUUCUAGAUUUGAACACUCCUGGUGCUUCAAUCUCUAGAAUCAGUCCUCAAUGUUCGUACAACGCUGAUUAUUUGCAAAGUGUGUUUGCCACAGUGGACGAGUUUGUCUCGUACAAUAACACUUUGGGGUUCUUUGCUGGUAACGAAGUUAUCAACAGUGAAAAUACCACGAAUACUGCCGUUUACGUCAAGGCCACUGUUAGAGAUAUUAAGAAAUACAUGAAGGCUAGAAAUUAUAGAGCUGUUCCAGUUGGUUACUCUGCUGCUGAUGUGUCAUCCAACCGUCAAUUGGCUGCGGAAUAUUUCAACUGUGGGGAUGAUGCCGAUGCAAGAAUCGAUAUGUUCGGUGUUAACGAUUACUCGUGGUGCGGUUCGUCUUCUUUCCAAGUCUCCGGUUAUGCCAACAAGAUGGAACUUUACAAGAACUAUUCGAUCCCAAUCUUCUUGAGUGAAUACGGUUGUAACGAGGUCGUCUCUUCAAGACCAUUCACUGAAGUCGGUGCCAUUUACUCUACCAAAAUGUCCUCUGUGUUCUCCGGAGGAUUGGUCUACGAAUACUCUCAAGAGAGUAACAAGUACGGGUUAGUUCAAAUAGAUGGUGACUCUGUUACCACUUUGGAUGAUUUCGAUAACUUGAAGGCCGAAUUCGAAAAGGUGCAAAACCCAGCAGGUGACGGUGGAUACUACGCCGAUAACGAUUACUCCGAAUGUCCUUCAUACGAGGCAGGUGUUUGGGAAUCAAACAGCACUUUGCCAGAUAUGCCAUCUGCUGCUUCCAUCUAUUUCAAAUCCGGUGCUGGUGAACCAAUGGGUACCGGUAUCAUCACCCAGGAAAUGUGUGACGAUGAUGAGGAAGAUGUAGAUGAUAACACUACUUCUGGUUCUGGCUCCAGUACUACUUCCUCUUCUUCUUCUUCUAAAUCUACUUCAUCUACUGAUGGUAACUCUACCUCUUCAUCAUCUUCCAAAUCCAGUGGAUUGGCUGCUUCCAUGGAGAUCCCAUCUAUCAUGUAUGGUGUGCUUGCUAUUUGCUCAUAUUUGCUUUAA